AUGGGAGACGAGCAAUUGGAGGCCGACCAACGAUGUGACUACAUUUUGGGAACAAGGCGUCAGAUUGUAUUAAACUUACAAAGGAUGUUUCAUGAGCACAAUUGUCUAAUUAAAACAUUUAAAACAGCAUUGGAACGUAUGCCAACGGAUGAAUAUAAAGUAGUCAUUAGAGCAGACCGAAUACCAGCAGGAGAACAUGAGCGACGCUUCAAUGCUCCUCAAGUAGACGAAGUAGCAGUCGUUAUAUCAGGCAACAAAUUUGAUAAACGAGAUAUUAUAAUUCAGCGACGAGGUGAGUCAUUGCAGCGUAUUUCAGAAACUCAUCGAUCUUAUGAUGCUCUACAGUACCCAGUGAUAUUUCCCAGAGGGGAAGAUGGGUAUCACUUUAAUAUAAGGCAGGUCAACCCAGCAACAGGUGAAACAACCAGGAAAAAGGUUUCAGCAAUGGAUUUCUAUGCAUACAGGCUAAUGGUUCGAGAAAAUGAACAGAACCACAUAUUAAACUGUAGGCAGUUGUUUCAUCAGUUCAUCGUUGACAUGUAUGCGAAAAUUGAAAGUGAGCGUCUUCUAUUUAUUCGUUUAAAUCAGAGUAAGCUAAGAGUAGAAGAAGAAUAUAUUCACCUGAGAGAUGCUGUGGCAAAUGACGCUAACGAUGAAGACAUUGGGACCUUAGUUAUACUACCAGCAAUGUUUACAGGCAGUCCCAGACACAUGCAUGAAUAUACUCAAGAUGCUAUGACAUAUGUGAGGACAUAUGGUAGACCAGAUUUAUUUAUCACCUUUACAUGCAAUCCAGGUUGGACUGAGAUAAAGGAAAUGCUCAAAAACGGUCAAGUACCCUGUGACCGCCACGACUUAAUUGCGAGAGUCUUCAGACAGAAACGGUUUACAUUGAUCGAACUUAUAACAAAGGCCCAUGUGUUUGGACCACCAAGAUGCUGGAUGUAUACAAUUGAAUAUCAAAAGCGAGGAUUACCACACUCACACAAUUUAAUCUGGUUGGCAGGCAAAAUCCAGCCCACACAAAUAGAUGAGGUUAUAUCUGCUGAACUCCCAGACCCAAGAGAGGAUCCCAAUCUUUAUACAGUGGUAACAAAAAAUAUGAUCCAUGGACCCUGUGGAAAUAUAAACCCCAAUUCACCAUGUAUGAAGGAUGGAAAGUGCAGCAAGAGAUACCCAAGGGAAUUGAUUAAAGAAACACAAACUGGAGAUGACGGUUAUCCUCGAUAUAGACGACGAGCUCCACAAGAUGGAGGGUUCACGGCGAAAGUAAAGUUACAUGGCAUAGAAAUAGACAACAGGUGGGUUGUGCCAUUUUCACCCCUGCUUUCUAAAGUGUUCCAGGCACACAUUAACGUUGAGUACUGCAACAGUGUAAAAUCAAUCAUGUGUGCAAGUAUGUAAACAAAGGCAGUGAUAUGGCUGUGUUCAGCCUAAACAAUGAGAAGACAAACAAUGAAGUCAUCCAGUAUCAGUUGGGUAGAUACAUAAGCAGCAGCGAAGCAGUGUGGCGGAUCCUAGGGUUUCCAAUUCAUGAAAGACACCCUACAGUUGUUCACCUGAGUGUUCAUUUGGAAAACGG